CCGUACUCUUGCAAAUAUUACUCGUCUUCUCUAUACUUCCGCUUAUGAAGAGAAUAAUAAAGUGUACUUGAAGAGGACAGCCUAAAGACUCUACACCCGUCGAGAUGUCUCUCUAUGAUGGGUUAGAUAUUGACAGUGACAAGGGUGGAAGUGAAACAAAGACAGAUGUUUCUGCAUGGUCUUCAAGCUAUAAGCUGUUGAUGUCACAGCUGCAAGCGAAAAAAGUCUCACUUGUACAAACCAAGCGCCAGCGUCAGAACACCACUUUGGCACCAGUCGUGGACCUAAAAAGAACUCCUGAUUCCUCAGAACUACACUUCAAUCUACAGACAGGCAAGCUCGAGAGCAGAGGAGGAGGUGGAGGACCAAUCAACAGUGGCGGGAGCAAUGGAGGUGGGGGCGGGGGACCUUCUAUAGCAAUAGGAGGAUCUCCUUUCCUACCCACAGACCCUGUUCCCUCACUCACGGGGGUCAGUGAUGAGUACAAUCCUCUUCGACCAAAUGAUUAUGAAGAAUUUAUGAAGAAAAGGAAAGAUCAGAGACAAAAGGAGCGGGAAGAAGAAAGGAGAAAGGAUGGUGGUGACGAGCAGGAAAGAAUUCCUCAAGAGAGCCCGAGAGGGUCGGGCAGAAAGAGGCGUGAUCGUGAUCGGGACAGCACUCCUGACCACUUUGGUCUCAAUGAGAUGGAAAGAGCCAGACGGAGGAAAGAAGAGGAGGAAGAAGCGGAGUACGAACAGAAACCACGUGGCAAAAGUCAGGGGGCGGCCAUUGCUCCUCCAUCUUCCCUAAUUAAUGAAGACAUGAUCAUCAAGGAAGAAUCCAUGACGCCAGACAGAUCCAGGUCACCUCCUAUGGGUUACACUAUAGGAUUAGGUGGUUCUGUUGCUUCAAAGAUCAUGGCUAAAUAUGGAUACAAAGAGGGACAGGGACUGGGCAAGUCAGAGCAAGGCAUGAGUACAGCCCUCCAGGUGGAGAAAACCAGCAAGCGUGGUGGCAAGAUCAUACACGAAAAGGAUAUUCCAAAAGAAUUGCCCAGAGAACCAACACCCAAUACUAACUUGCUGAAAAAUCCAUCCAAAGUAAUAUUACUGCGGAACAUGGUUGCUCCAGGUGAUGUUGAUGAAGAAUUGGAGCAGGAGACAUCUGAAGAAUGUACCAAAUAUGGUCGUGUCAUAAAAUGUGUCAUAUUUGAGAUUCCUGAAUGUGAGGAGGAGGAGGCAGUGCGGAUAUUUCUGGAGUUUGAAAGAGUAGACUCAGCAAUUAAAGCCAUCAUCGACUUAAAUGGAAGAUUUUUUGGUGGACGUAUUGUGAAAGCUUGCUUCUACAAUUUGGAUAAGUUCCGAAGGCUAGAUUUAGCAGAUGAAGUUGAAUGACAAGGGCUUUGUUUUCAGAGGGUGUGGUUGAAUGAGUGAGAAUGUGUGAGAGUUGGACUAAAAAUUUGGAAUGGCUAUAAACAACUUUGUGAAUUUGAAUAAAUUUACAACAAUAUUCUGGCCAAGUUUAUGUAUACAAGCAUUGCAUUUUACAUCUAAAGCAAACACAAUGUAUGUUUGAGGUCAUUUACAUAAUCUUAGAUAUUUAGGUAAAAUAUGAUGUGCUGAGAUGUUCUUGUGCACUUUUUUUUGUUUAAAUAUUCAUUUCUAAUAAUCAUUUAAAAUAAAGACUUACAAAAGCCAAA